CCGCUGACCAGGGACUGUGCCAAAUCAGCUUCAGAGCGAAUCCUAACUGUUCUUUCUGUUUUCUCGCACUCAAUCUCGAACACGACCGACAUGGCAUCCACUGAAGGCGAGCUUCCCAAAGUAUACAUACCUGCAAAGCAGGCCCAGGAGUAUGCCGAAUCUCUCCUCGUCGAAAACCAAGUCCCUGCGGACAACGCCGCGACAAUUGCGCGAUGUCUGGUUGAGGCCGACCUCCGCGGCGUCGACACGCACGGCCUCAACCGACUGCCCUCAUACAUGGAGCGCCUGCGGCAAGGCGUGAUGAAUGCGAAAGCCACCCCUUCUCUGGACAUCAAAACCCCUGUUGUGGCGCUGGUCGACGGCAACAAUGGCUUUGGGUUUCUCGCCGCCACGGCGGGGAUGGACUUCGCCAUCUCCGCCGCCAAAACAUAUGGCAUCGGCAUGGCCUCGGUCAAGCGAUCAAACCACUUCGGCCUGGGGGCCUGCUACGCCCUACAGGCUGCCCGGGAGGGAAUGACGAGCCUGAUAUUUACCAACUCGUCCCCGGCGAUGGCGCCCUGGGGCUCCAAGAAAAAGAUCGUCGGGGUAUCCCCGCUCGCCUGCGGCGCCCCGGGGGGUGUCGAGAAACCGUUUAUCUUGGAUAUGGCGCCGUCGACAGCUGCGCGCGGGAAGCUCUACAAGGCAGUUCGACGGUCGGAGAACGUCCCCUUGGACUGGGCUCUGGACGCGAAUGGGUUUCCGACUGAUGGCCCGGCUGCGGCUCUCAAGGGAGUCAUGCUCCCGAUGGGCGGUCCCAAGGGGUCUGCCUUGGCCAUUAUGAUGGAUGUCUUCUCGGGUGUUCUAUCCGGAUCGGAAUUCGCCGGCGGCGUGACUGGGCCCUAUGACCCCUCUAAGGCGUCUGAUGUGGGACAUCUUAUGAUUGCCAUCAAGCCUGACGUCUUCCUGAGUAUUGAUGAGUUCAAGGGCCGUAUGGACCUCUUGUUCCAGAAAAUCACCCAGUCCGAGAAGGCGCCGGGCGUAGGGCGAGUCUACUUCCCAGGAGAGAUUGAGCAGCUAAACCAAGAGUCUAGGCUGAAGACCGGUAUCCCAUAUGUGGAAGAGGAGAUUAAAGCUUUGAAUGAAGAAGCCCGACGGGCUGGAUCGAAAGUAUUGCUGGCUGGAUCUGUAUCUCUACACCGGUAG